CGACAUACCAUCACGAGAUGUUGCUCUGGGUGGUCAUAAUAUCUUUGACCGGUGCGGUCAAAAGCUAUGGCCGCCAGGAUCAGUCGGAGUUUGAAGAUUUCUAUGACCGACACAAUAGGUUUAGCGGGCAGCAACCUGUAGAAGAUCCCUUCUUUCACGAUGAACCAGGUAAAGAACAAUUUGCCAAGCAUGAAAAAUUCGUUGGACAAGAGCCGGUGGAAGACGCUUUCGUUCAUGAAGAACCUCAUAAAGAACAUUUCGGCAAACAUGAAAAAUUAGUUGGACAGGAACCUGUGGAAGAUGCUUUUUUCCACGAAGAACCACCAAAAGAAAGUUUUGGUAGGCAUGAAAAAUUCGUUGGACAAGAGCCGGUGGAAGACGCUUUCGUUCAUGAAGAACCUCAUACAGAACAUUUCGGCAAGCAUGAAAAAUUAGUUGGUCAGGAGCCUGUGGAAGAUGCCUUCGUUCAUGAAGAACCUCAUAAAGAACACGUAGACAAACAUGAAAAAUUAGUUGGUCAGGAGCCCGUGGAAGAUGCCUUCGUUCAUGAAGAACCUCAUAAAGAACACGUAGACAAACAUGAAAAAUUAGUUGGUCAGGAGCCCGUGGAAGAUGCCUUCGUUCAUGAAGAACCUCAUAAAGAACACGUAGACAAACAUGAAAAAUUAGUUGGUCAGGAGCCCGUGGAAGAUGCCUUCGUUCAUGAAGAACCUCAUAAAGAACACGUAGACAAACAUGAAAAAUUAGUUGGUCAGGAGCCCGUGGAAGAUGCCUUCGUUCAUGAAGAACCUCAUAAAGAACACUACGACGAAGUUGAAAAAUUAACUGGACAGGAUCAAAAUGAGGAUAGUGUUCAGUCAGAUCGAGGAUACAGCAACUCUAAAUAUGGCUAUGGUUCUUCCAAAACUUCUAGUGGAUAUAAUUAUGGUUACUCAAACCAAGGAAAAUAUGAUAAUUCAUACAAUGGCAUGGGUCAUCAUUACAGUGGAUAUGGCCACCAUCUUACAAAUGGAAGAUGUAAAGCAAAGUUGAUGACUCCAAUGAACUCUAAGCUGGUCUGUCAUGGGCAAAGUUAUUGUGUAGCGACAUGUUUAAGUGGCUAUACUUUUUCAACCGGUUUGUCUGAAGUAUCUAUAGUAUGUGAACAAGGAAGCUGGAAGGUGAAAGAUUCAUCUACUUAUAAUAUCCCAUCUUGUUAUCCUACCUGCCUUCCCAUGUGUCAGAAUGGAGGCGAAUGUGUGCAACCAAAUAACUGCAAGUGUGUAGGUAACUUCUAUGGAUCUUACUGCCAAUACGAAAGAAAGCCAUGCCUUGAUCGACCGCCACUUCCAAAAAAUUCAAGGAUCUCCUGUACCAAUAAUCAAGAUUGUGAAGUGAUAUGCAUGACUGAUUAUCAGUUUUACGAUGGGUCAACAAUGACAGAAUUCAAUUGUAAAGAGGGAGAGUGGGUGCCAGCUCGGAGAGAUUGGUCGUAUGUGCCAGACUGUGAGCCCAUAUGCUCACCCCCAUGCGAAAAUGGUGGUAACUGUCUUAGUUUCAAUAGAUGCCAAUGUCCACAAGAAUUUAGAGGACCUCAAUGCCAAUACUCUACAACAUCGUGCGACGUUCGUGCCCUUGGUUUCAAUGGUAACUACAAAUGCAAUGGAGAUCAUGAGAGUUUAAAAUGUAAUUUGACAUGCCCUGAUGGCAUGUCAUUCCAGAGUCCUCCUUCAUUGUUUUACACUUGCAAAUACCAGUUUGGUGUAUUUGAGCCAUCUUCAGUGCCAAAAUGCAUUUUUGAUCAAGGUGAAUCUUUACUCAGUUAUCUCUUUUCGGAAACAAAUGAAACAUCCUUGUACAACUCAAAUAGCGUAAACAAUCAUGGAAACACCAAAGAACAAAUUUUUAUUGUAACUAAGAAGGAAUCAUUGUACUGGUCCUGUUAUACCUGGCAUGGUGAUCACUACAGGACAUUUGAAGGAAAAGUCAAAAGCUUUAAAAAUGAUUGUUUACAAAAAAUGAUUGACGGUGUGCUGGAAUUCCAAAAAGUGACAGUUGAAACACCCAUUGUCAGAGAUAAUCACCCAGAUAAUGCCUUCUCUUACUUAAUUGUUAAUAUUGAUGUACACAAAUUCAACUUUACAGUUGAUGCUUCAAAUAAACUGAAGAUUCAUGAUGGAAACUUGACAUUUUAUGCUCCUAAGAAAUUUGACAGGUUUAAAAUUGAAUUAGGUUCAAACAGCAUGACGCUCCGCAUGGAUAAUAAAUUAACUGUUAAAUGGGAUUUUAAAGAUUUUGUCGAACUUAAAUUUGAGAAAUCUAAUCUAAAUUUGGCAAGUGGGAUAUGCGGAGUUCUCAAUACUGAGGAAGCUGGAACUAAGCUGUUAAACAAUGAUGAAGGUGUGUGUAAAAAUGAUCAAAAAGAUCAUGCUUGUGUGAAUGAAAUGACAGAAAAUAAAGCAGCCAAAUUUUGCCAAAAUAUUGUUGAAGAUGAAAUGUUCAAAGCCUGUAGACAAGUGGUAGAUGUUAAAGAAUUUUAUGAGGCAUGCAAAUGGGAUUACUGCGCAUGUGAAUUAACUCAGAGGGAAAAACAUGACUGUGGCUGCCUUUCAAUCUCCAUGUUUGUAAAAGAAUGCAAUGAUCAGGGGUUUGAGAUUGGUUCCUGGAGGAAGAAUGAUUUUUGUCCGAUGACUUGUAACGGUGGAAAGGUUUAUAAAGUAUGUGGACAAGACCAGGUAUGUGGAGGUGCUGAAGCAGAUGGUAGUCUUUGUGAAGAGGGGUGUUUCUGCCCCGAUGGAACUUAUGCACACAAUGAGACAUGCCUUUCCAAAAAACAGUGCCCAUGCAAGCUGUUUGGCAGAGUUUUCCCACCUGGGAAAGCAUUGCCUAAAGAUUGCAACACUUGCACUUGCACUGAUGGCACCUGGGUGUGCACAAAGGCUAAUUGUAGUGCACGAUGUGAGGCUGUAGGGGACCCCCACUAUUUAACAUUUGACAAAAAAAAUUUUGAAUUUAUGGGAAAAUGUUCUUAUAUAAUGUUGCAAACUGAUAGAUACACAAUUGAAACUGAAAAUACCCCUUGUGACGGUGCAAUAUCUCAGAGUAUGGGUUAUUCUACUUAUUUUUAUAAAGAUGAACCUUCUUGCACUAAGUCAGUUGUAAUCAAAAUUGGAGAGACAGAAAUAAAACUGAAACAAGGUCAUGAAGUUUUGAUCAAUGGAGUUAAUCACAGAUUGCCCGUGACUUUGAAUGCAGCUCAUAUUCGUAAAGCAUCAUCUAUUUUCAUUCAAGUAACAUUAAAUGAUGGCGUUGAGGUCAUGUGGGAUGGAAAGACUAGGGUUUAUGUACAAGCUCCUCCAACCCUCAAAGGAAGAACUAAAGGUCUUUGUGGUACUUUCAAUGGCCAGAGGUCAGAUGAUUUUCUAACUCCUGAAGGCGACAUCGAGCAGGACCCAGUUGCUUUUGGAAACAAAUGGAAAACAAAGGAAAGCUGCCCGACUAUGGAUACCAGUUUGGACAAUCCGUGCACAAAAGCCGAUUCAAAGCUCUACUCUCUGGCGGCCAAACUCUGUAAUGUUAUUAAUGAACCACUUUUUAAAGAAUGUGAACUUGAAGAUGAUAUAAAAGAAACAUAUUAUAAAUUUUGUAUGUACGACAUGUGUUCUUGCAACCAUAGGCCUUCUGAUUGCUACUGUCCCAUAAUUUCAACAUUUGCGGACAGAUGCUCUAAAGUUGGCCACAGGAUUGAUUGGCGGCCAAAAGUCCGGGAAUGCGGCCUCCGUUGCCCUCGAGGACAAGUCUAUCAAGUUUGUGGAGAUUCCUGUGCCAGGUCCUGCUUGGACAUUUCAAGAGAGACAUCAUGCACUACCAACUGUCUGGAAGGGUGUUAUUGCCCCCCCGGUUUUGCGAUGGACCACAAGGAAUCGUGCAUCCCUAUCUCCCAGUGUCCUUGUAUCAGAAAAGGCCUCGAUUACCCUGCAGGAUACAAAGAAAUACAACCUGAUGCAAAAGGCCCUAAUUUAUGUACUUGUGUAAACGCACUUUGGGAAUGUAGAAAGUCUUCAAAUGAUGAAUUAAUCACCUACAAGAAUAACACAAAAGAAAAUUUGAUGUGUAGUAGUAGUAAAAACUUAAUCUAUACUCACUGUGAACCAUCUGUACCAAUUACUUGCAAGAACAUGCACAGUUAUAAAAGAGAUCAAUCUGAAUCUGCCUGCUAUGGAGGAUGCAUCUGUAAAAAGGGGUAUGUACUUGAUUCUGUAACUAAUGAAUGCGUCAAGCCCAGCCAGUGUCCCUGUCACCACGGUGGGAAAAGUUUCCACGAUGGCAGUGUAAUUCAUGAAAAAUGCAACACAUGUACAUGUGCGAGUGGGAAAUGGACCUGCACUGAGCACCAAUGUCCUGGUGUUUGCACAACUUGGGGUGAUUCACACUUCAAAACAUUUGAUGGACACAUCUUUGAUUUUCAAGGGGCUUGCGAGUAUGUCCUUGUUAAAGGAGCUCUUUCACCAGAUCCGGCUGAUUGUUUUUCAAUAAUUGUUGAACUUGUCUCUUGUGGAUCUUCUGGUGUAAGCUGUUCUAAAUCUGUAACGAUCAACAUUGGAUCUGGUGAUGACAAGGAGUCUCUUGUUUUAGCUGACCGAAAAUCUACUUCUACGACUGAACUUAAAAGAAUUUCUCAAAGGGAGAGCGGAAUGUACAUAUUUGUUGAAAUUUUUACAUUUGGAAUAGUACUUCAGUGGGACAAAGGGACGAUUAUAUCUGUUAAACUGGAUCCAAAGUGGAAGGGCAGGAUGAAAGGCCUUUGCGGAAAUUUUAAUGAAGUUUAUUCAGAUGAUUUCCAGACACCUUCGGGUGGAGUUGAGAUGUCAGUGGAGAUUUUCGGUGACUCUUGGAAAAUAUAUGACUAUUGCCCUAAUGGAGAACAAAUCAAGGAUACUUGUGAGAUUCAUCCUUUACGGAAAUCAUGGGCUCUUGAGAAAUGUUCAAUUCUCAAGUCAGAAAAAUUCACUAGAUGCCACAGUGAAGUGGCCGUAGAUGAAUACUUUGCAAGAUGUGUGUUCGACGCAUGCGGCUGUGAUCAAGGGGGGGACUGCAACUGCCUUUGCACUGCCAUCGCUGCAUACGCACAGGAGUGCAAUGUUCUUGGAGUGCCGAUUAGGUGGAGAAGCCAAGAACUAUGUCCUAUGCAAUGUGAUGAGACUUGCUCAGAGUACAGCCCUUGCAUCUCGACUUGCCCAGAGGAGACAUGUGAUGAUUUAAUGGAAAAUAAGAAAAUAAAUAGUCUUUGUAAAGAAGAUGCUUGUAUAGAAGGUUGCAAGUACAAAAAAUGCCCUGAAGGACAGAUUUAUCGUAACUCUUCCAAAGCAACCUGUGUACCUAAAGAAGACUGUAUUCAAAUUUGUAUGGUCAUUGAUGGAGUAAAAUUCUAUGAAGGAGAUGAAAUCGAGAGUGAUGAAUGCCAUAGAUGCUUCUGCUCACAAAAAAAGAAAUCAUGCUUGGGACAACCUUGCAAGACUCUAACAACGACAGAGAUUUCACUUCCAAGGGACGCAAUGAUGCCAUGCAUUUCUGGUUGGUCUGAUUGGAUGAACAACCAUAUUCAUAUUGACAGGAGUCAAGAGCGAGAGAUCGAACCAUUACCAUCACCUAAAGAUUUUCAAGGGACAGAUUCUCCGAGGUGUGAAAAGUCAAAAAUGGUAGAUAUCAAUUGUAGGACUGUAAAAGGUCAAUAUUCUCAAAAACAGAUGGGCGAGGAUGCUGUUUGCAGUUUAGAAACUGAUGGACUCAUCUGUAAGGGAGGCUGCCAUGAUUAUGAAGUCCAAGUCUUAUGCCAAUGUGAAUCCGAAACAACCUCCACCACUCUCAGUCCAAUUGUUAAUGAGGCUGAUUGCGAUAUCACACAUCCCAUGAAAGUAGACGAAAAUGAUUGUUCUAAGUAUUUAGAAUGUGAAGAAACAUUAUCAGGAAUCAGAUACGUUCAGAAGUCUUGUAAAGAAGGAACUCUCUUUAACAACGAAAGUCUAAUAUGUGACAUAAAAUCAAUCGUUCUGAAAUCACGUCCAGAAUGCGAAGAUUUAGAACAACAGGAAAAAAUACGUGAACAGAAUGAAACUAUCCAUGGUUGUAGCCACGAUGAAGUCUGGGAUGAUUGUGCAUAUCACUGUCACCAGUUGUGCAAUUACGCAGAAUUUAUACUUUUCAAGGAUCAGUGUGAAAUGGGAUCAAACUGCAUUGAAGGUUGUAGGCCGAAAGAACCCUGUCAGUCCGAAAGACGUUGGCGUGACAAAAAAUCUUGUGUUGAAAUUGAUGAAUGCACUUGUGCAUCACUGACAGGUGAAAUGAUAAAGCCUGGUGAAGUGGUAAAAGGCAACUGCACAACUUGCCAAUGUUUAAAAAAUGAAUAUCGUUGUCAUGAAGACGAUUGCUAUUCAGUGACAAUUUCUCCUCCACCAGCUACAUUCACGGAUAUUGUCAUUCUACCAUCUACUAACACCCCUCCUCCUUCUUGUGAUCAAAAUAGGUUCAAGUCCCUCCUCCGUGAAGUACCUCAAUCAUCCUUCUCUGCUUCUUCGACAUCCAAGGGAUCAAAACCUUCUUACAUAAGAUUAAACAAUACAGAGAGUAGUUGGCAACCAGAGAUCGACGAUGCUUUUCAGUAUGUAGAAUUUGACCUAGGUCAAGUACACGCGAUAUACGGAGUGGUCAUACUAGGUGAUCCCGUUGAAAAUUGGUUUGUCAAAUCAUUUAAUGUUCUAUACAGCCUUGAUGGGUCAACUUACAGCUUCGUUAGCUUCUUUGGAAUGCCUGAAGUGUUCAAAGGUCCUACAAGGAAUGUAGAGAGGACCCAAAGGUUGUUUGAUACGCCAGUUGAAGCAAGGUAUGUAAGAAUAAAUCCAACAUCAUGGGUCGGGAAACCAGCAAUGAGAAUUGAAAUUCUUGGAUGUGCAAGCACAUUCACAUCUUCAGUCGAACCGACCAGUCUUGCAACAACACAAACACCGCCAAUGUGCAAUGAUGAAAUGUCACAUUUGAUGGACAAUAGACAAAUAAAAGUUUCUAGCUUUAACAAAUUUGUUACUGUAACCAUGAUAUCUGUGAAAGGUGAAGACUAUUGGGCUCCUUUGACAUCAGACAAACAUCAAUGGAUUGAGUUUGAUUUUCUUGGUGAGAGAACAAUUACUGGGCUUCUUAUUGCUGGUAGUGGGUCUUUGCCUCAUCGGUCAAGCUGGGUGUCUAGUUUCACUAUUAACUACAGCCAUGAUGGGCAAUCGUGGAAUCCAUUUUUAAACAAGGAUGGGGCAUUACAAAUCUUCAAAGGAAACACAGACAGUAUAAACAUUAAGAAAGUUAUAUUCUGGAACCCCAUUUCCACACGUUUAAUUCGAAUUUUACCUUUGAAAUGGCACAAAAAUAUUGCUAUGAGGGUUGAAGUCCUUGGUUGUUAUGAACCUUACCCGAUUCUCCCUGUUGUUCAUGUUGAAACAACAACGGAACAUAACUGUAACUUCUGCCCUGGCGUGACUUCUGCCAUGGGAACUUGUCCUUGUUUGAUGUCCAAUGAGUGGUGGGAUGGGGAGCAGUGUACAAGCAGAUCGAGAUGCCCAUGUUUUGUCGGCUUUAUUUCAUAUGCCAUUGGAGCUGUGUUUGAUAAUGAUAAAUGUGAGCAGUGCAUUUGUGCUCUAAAUGGUGUAACAGAAUGCAAACCCAAAAAGUGCCCACCCUGCAGUCAGGGUUUGAAACAAUCGUGGACGUCUGAAUGUUUUUGUGAGUGUGUACCUUGCCGAGAAGAUGAGCGAUUGUGUCCAUCGUCAAAUAUUUGCCUGCCUUUGUCAUCCUGGUGCAAUGGAAUAGUGGAAUGCCCUGAUGACGAACUCAAUUGUUCUACAACUACAACUCCAAAAAUUGAAACAUCUGCAUGUGCCCCUGUCGAAUGUCCCCCAAGAUCCAAACUUGUUCGUGUCGCCCAAAACAAUCCAGAUCAGGAUGUUCCUCAGUGGAGUCCGUUUGGAUCUAAAACUAAAUGGGGCUCCUAUUUCAAAGGGCGCUCCACUUAUGCUGGAGGAAGCUACAAAGGAUUUAAAAAAUUGUACAAACCGUCCAAAUCGUAUGGCAGUUACAAGAAAUCCAUACCAAAUAAAUCUUUUACACAGGAAAAAUGCCCUCAAUAUCAGUGUAUACCUUUGGAACAACAGGAACAAAAUGUGUGCAAAAAACCCAACUGCUUGCCAAAUUAUGAUUUGAAAGAAAUUAUAAGUAAAGAUCAUGGUCGGUGCCCACAAUACGCUUGCAUUCCACACGCCAUAAAACUUGCAGAUGGUAAAUGUAACAUUACAGGGAGGACAUUUACAACAUUCGAUGGAACUGAGUAUAAGUAUGACAUAUGUAACCAUGUAAUUGCCAGAAAUGUUAAAGACAAUUGGUCUAUUAUGAAGAGGAAGAAUUGUAAUGGCCUAAAUACAUCUCCAUGCUUAGAAAUAACACAGGACAAAGAUAAAAUAGUUAUUACUAAAGAGUUUAAAUCCUACUUCAACAGUUUUAUGUACACAGUACCACAGCUUCAAAAAAUUGGUGAACAAAGUGUCCAGUUUGAAAUUCAGCAAGUGAGUGACAAAUUUUUGAUAUUUAUAAGUAUCAAAGAUUUUUCUGUGAUAUGGGAUUCCCAAGGAAAUCUGAAAGUUAUUGUUUCUGGUGAAUCGCAAGGAAAAGUUGAUGGUCUGUGCGGCUUUUUUGAUAGUAAUUUGGAAAACGACAAACGUAAGCCCGACGGGACGUUGGCUAAGACAAGUGUGGAAUUCGGUGACAGUUGGGGUGAAGGCAGUCAGUGUGAAACAAUCACUUGCCCACUCCAUAUUCAGAAAGAGGCAUGGGAGAAAUGUCAAGCUUUCAAGGAAGAACCUUUGUCAAAAUGUCAAUCCGUAAUGAACCUUGACAAGGUGAUGUCGCAGUGCAUGGAAUCAGUAUGCGCGUGUGUUCAGCAGGGAAACAGCACAGAAGAAUGUCAUUGCCAAUCCCUCCAGGAAGCAGUGACUGAAUGCCAAAGCAAGCUACCAGGAUUUGACUUUUCUAAAUGGCGGGUGAACCACGACUGCCCUGUUGAAUGUCCACCUGGAUUAGUCUACAAGGAAUGCUUUAACAAGAUUUGUGAACCUUGCUGUUCUGAGCUGAUGCUGGAGGAUGCCUGUCCAGAAACGAAUGAAUGUUUCCCGGGAUGUUACUGUCCUGAUGGAUAUGUGAGAAAGUAUGAUCAUUGUGUAAAACCGUCUGAAUGCCGAGAUUGUCAAUGUGACGGUUAUGGUGGUUCGAGAUAUGUCACAUUCGAUAGAAUGGAUUAUACAUUCAAUGGAAAGUGCACUCAUAUUCUGGCUCAAACAGUUGAAGGCCCAUCAAGCUUACGAUUCAAGGUUUUGAUAACUCACAAUCCUUGUGAAGAUAACAAAGAACGAGUUUGCCUUUAUAUGAUCACUGUUCUGUAUAAGGAACAUACUGUGCAAUUAAUAAACGACAGGAAUCUAAAGGUUGUUGUCAAAGUAAAUGAUGAAAAUGUUGAUAAACCAUUUUCAAACAAAUGGUUAAAUGUGGUCGAAUCUCAGGGCAAGUGUGUGACUGUGAGUAUACCAAAGUUGCAGCUCGAUCUGGAAUUUUUUAAUGGAGGCAAAGGGUUUAACCUCCGUCUUCCUUCACACCUGUAUAAAGGACGAACUGAAGGACUUUGUGGUAGCUGUAAUUUAAAUAGAACUGAUGAUUUCAAAACAAAGGAAGGAUUUUUCACUGAAAAUAUUUCUAAGUUUGGAGACAGUUGGCUUUUUAAUCUCUCUAGUGUUACAGAUGAAGUCAUGUGUAUGGCUGAAGAAGUAGAAGCCUGCAAACCACCCAAAGAAAAUGAUCCCUGCUUGAAACUUAAAGAUGAAAAUCUUUUUGGACAAUGCCACGCUAUAAUUGACCCAUUGCUUUAUAUUGAUCAAUGUCACAAUAAUCUCUGCCAUGAGUUAGAUAUUUGUGAUGUGCUGGAAUCGUAUGCUAGAGCCUGUCAAAGUGAUGGAGUCUGCCUUAAAUGGCGAUCUCCUGAUCUUUGCCCUUACAAUUGCCCUCCAAAUUUGGAAUAUGAGCCUUGUGGAACAGGUUGUACUCAGACAUGCGAUAACUAUGAACUUUAUAGAAAAAAUCCUGAUGCCUGUUCUGCUACUAAGGGGGACACGUGCAUGUGUCCUAGUGGAAAGGUCCUCCGAAAUAAUUCAUGCGUUGAAGAACGCUUCUGUGUACCAUGUGAUAAUGAGGGGCAUUUUCCUGGAGACAAAUGGCAGCCAGAUGUUUGCACUGAAUGUUUGUGUGAAAAAGGUUCAAUCCAGUGUCAAAGGGUACAGUGCACAAAUACAAAUGCAAUUUGUGCGCAAGGGUUCAGGUCAGUAAUUCUUACUGGCACAGAGGCAGAAUGUUGUCCAAAACACAUAUGUGUGCCAGAACUGACCGCCGGCCCAAUCUGCCUUGAACCUCAACAGCCCCAGUGUGGAUUCGGGCAGGUAAUGAAGCUCAUGACAUCUCCAUCUGGUUGCCAAGAAUUCAUUUGUGAGUGUAAACCGAAAGAGGAAUGUAAAGAUGUAACAGAAGAACUAAAGUUGGAAAGGAAACCAGGCAUGGUCGCUACAAUUGACAAUUCUAGCUGCUGCCCUAAGGUUGUAGAGAAAUGUGCAGUAGAUACUUGUCCUGAACCUGCACCAUGCCCAGAACAUCACACACAUUUGAAAAGAGACACUGAGCACUGCUGCCCGGAUUACAAAUGCGUGUUGCCUGAGGACAAAUGCUUAUACCAAAUGAGAUAUUUAACUGAUGAAAAAGGUGGGGGUGAAAGGGAAAGAUCAUUAGCUGAGAUAUAUUCUGUGCUUAAACCUGUUGGAGAUACUUGGAAUGAUGGACCAUGCAGAGUUUGUGAAUGCAAAAAUGGAAGUGAGAAGGCGACUUGUGUUGUCACUUCUUGUUCACCUCCUCCUGAAAGUGAAAAUUAUGUAUUUAAGCCAAAAUAUGUGAACGGGAAAUGCUGCCCAAUUUAUGAAAGGAUUGCAUGUAAAAUGGGAGAACAGGUCUACCAGGUUGGGCAAGUUUGGCCAUCCGCUGGCAUCAACCCUUGUGUUAAUAUUACAUGUGAAAUUGGAAAAGGGGCACUUGUAACAAAGCAAGAGAUUGUUGAGAAUUGUAGGACUGAUUGCAAGAAAGGCUGGAAGUACCAUGAGCCUUUAGAGGGCUCAAAACAGUGCUGUGGGGAAUGCUUGCCAGAAGGUUGCCUCGUUGGUGAUAAGCUGUACAAAAAAGGUGAAAUUUGGUUAUCAGAUGACAACUGUACUGCUUACCAGUGCACAAUUAUUGACAAUCAGGUACAUGUAACUGCAUCUGAAGAAAAAUGUCCAAACAUUUCUGAUUGUCCCGAAGAGAGGAUUUAUCAAGAUAUCUGUUGUAAAAAGUGCAAUGAAACGAUACCACUAGCAUACUCGUCUUGUGUUAAGGAACCUAUCAGCCCUAAUGACACAAUACGAGUUGUGGUUUACCAUGACAAAGUGCAUGGAAAAUGUGUCAAUUUAGAACCAAUCAAAGGGUUCUCUGAAUGCAAAGGCACAUGUGAAUCUUUCACUGCAUUUAACAAAGCCUUAUUGCAAUAUCAAGUGAAAUGCCUCUGUUGCAAACCCAGUGGUGUCUAUGAGAUUGAUGUGCCUUUAUCUUGCGAUGACCAUACUACAAUGACUUUCCACUUACAUCUUCCGAAGGGAUGCAAGUGCACCCCAUGUAAAUCCGAAGAUGAGAACCUUACAUUUUAAAUACAAACCAAACAUUAUGUUUAAAGUUCACAGCUCAAUAACAUGAAAUUACUAGGUUUUUUUACUAAUUUUACUUUUUGCAUUAUAUUUUAAUUUAAUUUACAAAUUGUACAACUGUGUUUAAAUAAAUAUAGUUGCUGGAUUAUUUAUUUUUGUUUUUAAAUUGAUAAUGUUGUAUGAAAGGUUAAUAAAAAUCCUCCGAACAGCUAGUGAAAAAUUUGACACGA